GCAGGCGUGGCGAGUGUACUUCCGUCUUCUUCCCCUGCGGAUACAGAGAAAUGACUGCAACUCUGCGCCCGUACCUGAACGCCGUGCGCGCCACCCUGCAGGCGGCUCUGUGCCUGGAGAACUUCUCCUCGCAGGUGGUGGAGCGCCACAACAAGCCCGAGGUGGAGGUCCGGAGCAGCAAGGAGUUGCUGCUGCAGCCUGUGAUCAUCAGCCGCAAUGAGAAGGAGAAGGUCCUGAUCGAAGGGUCUAUCAACUCUGUCCGCGUCAGCAUCGCUGUCAAGCAGGCGGAUGAGAUCGAGAAGAUCCUGUGCCAUAAAUUCAUGCGGUUCAUGAUGAUGAGAGCUGAGAACUUCUUCAUCCUGAGGAGGAAACCUGUCGAGGGUUACGACAUCAGCUUCCUCAUCACCAACUUCCACACGGAGCAGAUGUACAAGCACAAGCUGGUGGACUUCGUCAUCCACUUCAUGGAGGAGAUCGACAAGGAGAUCAGCGAGAUGAAGCUGUCUGUCAAUGCCCGCGCCCGCAUCGUCGCAGAGGAGUUCCUCAAGAAUUUCUGAAGCAAUAUCCCACCAUUGUUCACGCUGAUCACAUGGCAGUGGCCAUCACCAGGAUUUCCUGGAACGUGGGGGUAA